AUGUCUCCGGUUCCCAGCUUCAGACACCUCAUUGUGCACUUCUUUGGAGGCUCUGUCGACCUGGCAGGCGUUGUUGAGGCGACCUUCUGUCAGUUGGAGCACAAGCCAGAGAUUAUCUCCAGGGUGAGGGUCGAGAAGAAGUCAUGUACCUCGAGUUCGGGUACGAUCCCACUGGGGUUGUACCUGAUCACCCGAACCUCCUCGACGCGCGCUUCACCAGGUGACGAGCCUCCAGAAGAUCUCAACCCAGAGAGUCAUCCCGAUAUCACAGGUCAUAGGUUCUUGGAGGUGUCGUGGGAGGGGAGGGCUAGCCUCGAACCUCGAGAUGCCGCAGCGCGGCUCGAGUUCGGUGACUAGCUCUCUCUGAGGAGCUGCUUGUACGUUAUGGUAUUGAGGUUGAAGAUAGUGCUGCAAAAGCAUACGGGAGUUUGACAGACAGAAGAAUUGAAAGGCGCCAUGUUUGCAAAGCUUCUACAUCUGCGCUCAGGUGACUUUCCAACCGCAUGAAUGAGGUUAAUGCCAAUGCAGCCAAUCCAAUGUCUCACAGUAGCCUCUUCCUGGAACUAUUGAGCCGCCAUUAAUUCAUGCAACGGUGAAGAGUUGCCGCAACUGAAUGUCAGAAUACGGAGCUGAUUCUGCAGACUUGAAUCAUGUCAUGCUUCAUGUAGAGAAGUU